AUGAAGAAGACACAACGUCAUGAUGCAGAUGAUACUAUAAGUAGCAUCCAGCCACUACCAACAUUAACCCCGCCAUCACUGCAUCGAGCACGAAGGGUCGGAGAGGAUGGACCAGGGGCCUAUGCCGUGGAUGGGAUUGGACCAAUAUUUCAUCGCCCAAGAAGUAGGCCAUUGACUGGGAGGAUGUCUGAGAUGGAAGAGCAGGGACUGGAAUUGGUGCCUACAUCUCCAAGUGACAACAGAGAUAAUGAUCUUGUUAUUGCUGAUAUUAGCAAUCUGUUGGCCUUCAAUUUCACUAGACAUAACAUGGAAGAAUCAACGAGGAACGAGGGUGGUCUUAUUCAUGCUGAGCCAGUUGAUGACUCGGAAAAUGGGAUGAUUCCAAUGGCAGAGCCAAUAACAACAACGGCAAAAAGAAUAUGGAAAAAGAAACUAUUCUUGUUCCUCUCACUGGAAACAAUGGUUGCCAUUGCCAUUGUCUCUAUCAUCCUUUUGGCAUUUCUGCUGGCUCCAAAAAGAGGCAAUCAAGCUCAACCCACAAAGCAGCAAAAUGGAGUGAUGCCAAUACAAGACAAUCCAGGGGCAAUAGCUUCAAUCGCACAAGCACCAACAUUGCUACAGGAAAGACUCAAUCUUCCUGAAUACACCCUCAGGGCAAUGGAAAAUCCGAGGUCACCACAGACCAAGGCUUAUCAAUGGCUAAACAACAGUAUCAACAACUCUAACAAUACGCACCAUCUCCCGGUAUGGAGACUAAGGCAACGGUUUGUGUUGGCCACAUUUUAUUAUUCAACACGGGGAGACUAUUGGGUGAAAAGUCAAGGCUGGCUGGAUUGGGGCUCUAACGAGUGCAAUUGGACACAGAUUGAUAGGGUCCCAAGCAGAGCAGCUCAUUGCGGUGAUGCUGGGCAACUCCUAUCAUUGAAGCUUGGGUCUGCUAACAAUUUGGAUGGAACGAUACCACCAGAAAUAUCUCUGCUUAGUGAUAGCUUGGAAAUACUGGAAUUUUCUUGGAACUACCAACUUAAAGGAAGACUACCAACAGAGGUUGGGCUGAUGACAAGGCUGACAGCCUUGUGGUUUAGCGCAACUCACUUGUCUGGAACACUCCCAACAGAACUGGGUCAGCUACAACGCUUGGAGCAAUUAACGAUCUCACAUAGUGAGCUUGGUGGGACUUUGCCUACUGAACUGGGCAACCUAAGCAGCCUGACAGUUCUGGGAUCUGACAGUGCGAACUUUUCUGGGUCCAUCCCCACUGAGAUUCUUCGAUUGUCGAACCUGAAGACCUUGUUUUUCUCAGAGUGCCCUUUGUUAAAUACAGAAUCUUUCCUCCCUGAGGUAGUUGGAAACCUGCACAAUUUGGAGACACUAAAUCUGAGCUAUCGGAAAGCUGGGGGGUUCACAUCAAUUCCAUCUGAGAUUGGGAAGCUGACCAACCUGGAAAAUCUUAUUUUUGCUGACUUUCAACUCAAUGGCACAAUUCCAAGUGAGAUGGGCUUGUUGACAAAGCUAAUCUACGUGAACAUGCGAAGGAACUACAUCACUGGCACUCUACCAGAAGAGAUAUCAAAGAUGUCACAGCUGGAAAUGCUCCUCAUUAGUGCCAACCAAUUAGAAGGCAGGCUGCUGGAACCAGAGCUGCUUCCCCAACUCACCAAGCUACAGAAGUUGUAUAUCAAUGAUAACCUUUUCUCAGGCUCCAUUGCAACAGAAAUUAGUUUGGUGUCUAGUCUUCAGAUGCUUGAACUGCAAAAUACCAACAUAUUUGGGAAACUUCCCAAGGAACUAUGUUUGUUGGAAAACUUGACCAGCUUGGUGUUGACUAACACAUCCAUAUCUGGGAGCAUCCCUGACGGAUUAUGUGGUGUAGUACGGCCCCCACAUGAAAUGAAAUGGUUUGGUGGGAAUUACUAUCCAGUACCAACCAGCAACCUGUCAGCCUGCUAUGGAACUAGUCUAUGCGGCUGUACUUGUGAGCAUUGCCCAAAGGCAUGA